AUGUCGGCCGAUAUGACUUCAGAACAGAUGCAGGCUAAGAUAACGGCUGCGAGGAGGGAAGCCGAGGGCCUGAAGGAUAGAAUCAAGAGAAAGAAGGAUGACCUAGCUGACACUAGCUUGAGACAAGUUGCACAGAACAAUACUGAGCCCCUACCACGCAUAGGCAUGAAGCCUCGUCGAAACCUGAAAGGUCACUUGGCUAAAAUCUACGCCAUGCACUGGUCGACGGACAGAAGACAUCUUGUCUCCGCCUCGCAAGACGGCAAGCUCAUCAUCUGGGAUGCGUACACCACCAACAAGGUCCAUGCUAUCCCUCUCCGAUCCUCUUGGGUCAUGACCUGCGCCUAUGCUCCCAGCGGAAACUUUGUCGCAUGCGGUGGUCUAGAUAACAUCUGCUCCAUCUACAAUCUGUCCACGCGCGAAGGUCCUACUCGGGUCGCAAGAGAGUUGUCAGGCCACUCUGGCUAUCUCUCCUGCUGUCGCUUCGUCAACGACCGCAAAAUCAUCACUUCUUCCGGCGAUAUGACCUGCAUGAUGUGGGAUAUUGAGACCGGCUCCAAGGUUACCGAGUUCGCCGAUCAUCUUGGCGAUGUCAUGAGCAUCAGCAUCAAUCCCACCAAUGCCAACGUCUUUGUCUCUGGCGCGUGCGAUGCCUUUGCUAAGCUUUGGGACGUUCGCACUGGCAAAGCUGUUCAGACGUUCGCCGGCCAUGAGUCUGAUAUCAACGCUAUUCAAUUCUUCCCGGAUGGCAAUGCCUUUGGCACAGGUUCCGACGAUGCUUCCUGUAGACUGUUUGACAUUCGCGCCGAUCGCGAGCUCAUGUCUUAUCAGAACGAGCAGGUUCUCUGCGGAAUCACUUCGGUUGCCUUCUCCGUUUCUGGACGCUUGCUCUUUGCUGGCUACGACGACUUCGAAUGCAAAGUUUGGGAUACGCUUCGUGGCGACAAAGUCGGCUCGCUUAGUGGCCACGAGAACCGUGUCAGCUGUCUCGGUGUUAGCAACGACGGCAUCAGCCUGUGCACCGGUUCUUGGGAUUCUCUGCUCAAGAUUUGGGCUUGGUAA